AUGGAGAGCCCAAGUACGCCGAGCAGUGCGAUAUUUAUCAAGAAAGUAAUCGAUUUCCGACCGAAGGGUCAAAUCACUCACUUGUGUUCAAGUAAUGGUGAAAUGUUGCUGGUGAUCGCUGCACGGCAACUUCUUCAUUAUCCACUUCAAAAUACUAGUAGACAAAUUGAUGUUGUUUUGCCAUUAUUAAUGCACGAUCGUAUUGCUUAUGUUCAUCUUAGUCCUAAUGGUCGUCAUGCAAUCAUAAGUACAACUGGUGCCGAUAAUUUUUACUUGAAUUUGAAGCAUGAUUCAGCGAAACAGUUAAGAAAAUUGAAAGGACAUGUGGUAAGUUCCGUAGGUUGGAAUAUGGAAAUUUCGACCGAUAACGAAACAGGUUUCAUCGUUCUGGGUACCACGAAGGGUUCUCUCUUUGAAUCAUCUGUCAUUACAAGUGGAACAGUUGCCUAUGUUCGUGAACUGACCAGUAAUUUAAGCGGAGUAAAAGAUUUGUCUGUGACCGGAAUUGAAAUGUGUCAAUGUGAGGACGAAAAUCAAAAAGCAAAGUGGGCUGUCUUUGUGUGUCUUCCUGGAAGACUGUAUUGUUUGAGCGGACAAACCAAUACGAAGCAUGAUGUUACUGGUGUACAGCCAGUUGUAAGCACAAUUUGGAGCUCUGCGUUUGCUGAACAUAGUCCCGCUGUCUUACAGCCUUUAUUUACAUCAAAAGCACCACUUCGUUUUCAUUCUAUGGAUGAUGGACAACGCAAUUUGCCCAGCGCUUUUGUGGUUUACCCAAAAUUGAGUAAUGAACUACCUACUAUAUUUUGUUGGGUUGGUGCUGAUGGCUACACAUUGGGACGAAUAGAUUUGACCGUUUCAGAAGCAUAUGAUAUGAUUGUUGAAGAAUCACAUAUACAACAUCAAUUAAUGGAUGGACGUUACAGUUAUCCUUUGGAUGUUGCAUUAACCGAAUAUAACGUUCUGCUGUUGUAUAGUAAUCAUAUUGAAGCUAUUUCAUUACUCAAUCAGAAACUAACUUUUGAUGAUACCAUUGGAACGGAUUCUGGUCAAGUAAAAGGAAUGUGCCGUGAUACUGUAUCAGAAAUGAUUUGGGUAUACACUGAUGUAACUGUGUGGAAAUACCGGCCAAAUGAGGAAUUUAGAGACAUUUGGCAGAUCUAUUUGGAACGUGGUGACUAUGGCAAAGCACGUGCUAUCACAAAUAAAUUGAGUAAUCCAGCACCACAUCAGCUAGUUAUUAAGAAAGAAGCCGAAAAAUACAUCGCCGAAAAAAAUUUCACAGCUGCAGCGGAAGUUCUUGCGGAAUCAAUCGAUCCUUUUGAAGUUACAUUACUCAAAUUUUUGUCAACGAAGGAGGAUCGGCGAAAUGGUCUAAAGCGUUUCUUGGAGCUCAAAUUGAAGUCAUUAUCAAAUGUAGAGGAUAAGAUACGACGAGAUGCUUUGGUUCUUUGGUUAUUAGAAGUGCAAUUGACAGAAUUUGCAGAAUUACGUCGAAAUGGAAAGCAAGUGCAGUUGGAAGGGACAGAGUUACCAAGCGAAGAGACAACCAUUGACCAGCAAAUCAAAAAUAUGCGGCAACAAAUUGAAUUAUUUCUUGCUCGUUCUGUUGUUUUAGCAGCAGUUGAAGUAAAUCGUGACGCAGUCUAUCGUCUAAUCACUUCGCAUGCGCAUUUUGAUAUCCAGCUCUAUCUCGCUCAAAAACUAAAAGGUGAUUAUGCUACGGUUGUAAAUGUUUACUUGCUGCAGUCUGACUAUGAGAAAGUUUUGGAGGUGAUACGGAAACAGCACAUUUUGGAGCUUUAUUAUAAGCAUUCUCCAAUGUUAAUCGAAAAAAUACCAACCGAACUAGUAGCAGCUUGGAUCGAGGAAGGUGAGGCACUUGUGUCGGAUCGCUUGUUGCCGGCAUUGUAUCGUUGUCAAGAUGUAUCAAAAACGAAAAUGGUCACUGCUGCUUUGAAAUAUCUCAGUUUCGUAAUAAACGAGAAUUGGGCAAGCCGAGCAAUGCAUAAUUUUAUGAUAACACUCUAUGCUGAGUUCAAGCCGGAAGAGCUAUUGAAUUAUUUCGAAAAAUUUGGUUAUGACGGGAAUUUAGUUCCGUACGAUGUUGAAUAUGCCCUAAGAGUUUGUAUCGAAAAGCAAGCACUGAAGCGAUGUUGUGUUUUUAUGUAUUGUGUUUGCGAACUAUACGACGAAGCUGUUUCUCUUGCCUUGACGAUCGAUGUCGAAUUGGCUAAAACUUGUGCAAAACAAAUGGUGGAACCUAAUGAAAAUGAGUAUGACUUUUUGCUGCCUAGUUUAGAGAAGCCUAAAUUCUCGACAGAGAUGCGACGAAAAGUUUGGCUACAAAUAGCACGACAUGUAAUUGAGAAGCAGGAAGAUAUAGCGGCAUGCGUAAGCCUGCUGAAAGAAUCUGAUAACACCAUCAAGAUACAGGACUUAUUACCAUUCUUCCCAGAAUUCACAACUAUCGAAUAUUUUAAAGGGCCAUUAUGUGAAUGCUUAAAAGAGCAUUCUGGGAAAAUCAAGCAGCUUCAGUCGGAAAUGAGGAAUGCAACAGAAAUGGCACAGCGAAUCCGCAGCAGUAUGGAAAAAACAAAAAAUAAGUGUGUUUCUAAAACUUGA